AUGCAAUUCCAAGUCAGACCCUCGGAGACCAGGGGAGGUGCCGACCACGGCUGGCUCAAGACCUUUCACACCUUUUCUUUCGCCGACUACUGGGACCCAUCUUUCAACAAUUUCGGAGCCCUUAGAGUCGUCAAUGAGGAUCGUGUCGCGCCUACGACCGGGUUCCCCACGCACGAACACCGAGAGGCUGAAAUCUUCUCCUACAUCAUCUCUGGAGAACUCAGUCAUAAGGACAGCAUGGGAAAUGUCGAAACGAUGAAGCGAGGGGAUAUUCAGCACACUGUCGGCGGUCAAGGUAUCGCUCAUUCGGAAUACAACUCGCACAACUCAGUUGGUAACCAUUUCCUUCAAGUCUGGGCUACACCAAACCAACGAGGACUCAAGCCAAAGUACUACACUCGUCACUUUACCGAUGACGAAAAGGCAGACAAGCUGGCCCAUAUUGUCGCCCCCAUUGGCUCUCCUAACGUGCUCGACCAAAGGGAAGACAAAGUUCCCGGAUCUUCUCCCAGUCCCAUCAACGCAGCCCUCAACACUUUCGCUACCGUUCUCUCGCCAGGCAAGAGCCUUCAGCACACAUUCCAACCCACCAUCAAGGGUGUUGACGGGGCCAAGAUCAUGUACGCUCAUCUGACCCAAACCUCCGGGUUCAAUACAAAGGCGGCCGCCAAGGAUGGGAAGACAGCAGUGAUCAGGAUCAAGAACGGAGACUCUGAGGCGGUUCUCGGAGAAGGUGAUGGCCUGUUCAUCCGAGGUGCAAAAACUGGCGACGUGCUGGAGAUUGAAAGCACCGGUGGAUCGCCCGCUGAACUGGUUCUCUUUGAGAUGGACCAAUAA